ACGAGACAGUGUUAACUUCCACAUGAUCAGGUGGGAGAUUCAGAAUAUAGGGUCAUUUUGUACUAUCUAGGUCGCUCUUUGUAUCAGUAAGGGGUAAACAUUGCUCUGUGAACUCAAACUUUAAGUUGGUCAAGUGGUGAUGUAUACAUCUAGUACAGGCUGCUCUUAAGACAGCAACUUCUUUUGACAGACAUUGAUUCCUGCAAAAUAUAACCGGCAUGGCAGAUGCUCACAGUGAUUUACGCGAAACGGGGAAAGUCCCUCUCACAGAAAUCCACAAUUGGCCCCAUAGACUUAAGUGGCAUGUGAAGUUAUUCUUUGCUUUGGGUGGAAUUCCUUACCAGAUGACUGGCACUGCCAUUGCAUUCUUCUUCUCUGUCUUCCUGCUAGAAGUUGCACAACUAGAGGCGUACGAUGUCUCUGUGGUAGUGUUUGUUGGAAAAGGAUGGGAUGCCAUUACUGAUCCAGUUAUAGGAUAUUUUGUUAAUAAAACAAGAACAAGGUUUGGCAAGCUCAAACCCUGGAUAUUUACUUCAACUCCAUUUGCCUGUGUAGCCUAUUUUUUCCUCUGGUAUGUCCCAGAUGUCUCCCGUGGGGCUAAAAUAGGAUACUACCUGGCUCUCUAUUGUCUGUUCCAAACAUUAUUGACAUGUCUUCAUGUGCCAUACAGUUCACUUACCAUGUACCUGACAGAUGAUCAAAAAGAAAGAGAUUCUGCCACUUCUUUUCGCAUGUUGUUUGAGAUAGUUGGGGUUGUAUUGGCUGUGGGGGUGCAGGCACCACUCAUUAACAUCUACAGGGAAAGUUCUUGUGGAGAGGGACAAAACAAACCCUCUAAAGAGAAUAUUGAGAAUCAGAAAUUUAUUUACUUGCUCUCCACUGGUAUUCUGGCUGGGAUUUACUUACUGUGUGUGCUUUUUACGGUGUGUGGAGUUCAUGAAAAUAGAGAUUAUCAACAUGAUGACCAUGAAUCUUUCUGUGUAAGCUACAAAGUGGUAUUCACCCAUGGCCCUUACGUAAAGCUGACACUUGCCUUCAUGUUUGUGUCAUUAGCUAUACAGAUUGUGCAAGGAAACCUCACCUUGUUCUUGACACAUAGUUUGAAUGUGGGGGAUUCUUUUGAUACUAUGAUACUGCUGUUACUGGGUACAGCAAUAUUAUGUAUUCCAUUAUGGCAGUGGUUUCUGAAAAAAUAUGGCAAGAAAAGUGCCUUUGCUUGGGGAAUGAUAAUUAUGAUCCCUAUUUUCUAUGUCCAGCUGUUUUUUCCUCAAAAUGAGAAUGAUGACCUGGUGUGGCUGGUCUAUAUUGUUAUGGCCAUAGCAGGGAGCAGUAUAUCUGUGGCUUACUUACUUCCAUGGUCUAUGCUCCCAGAUGUUUUAGACGAUUUCUUGCUGAAAACAGGCCACAGGAAGGAUGCCAUCUUUUACUCCUUUUAUGUGUUCUUCAAUAAGUUUGCUGUUGGUUUGUCAGUAGGACUUUCACAGGUGGCUUUAGGGUUAAGUGGCUAUAAAUCCCAGCAGUGUGAUCAAGUGCCAUCUGUGGGAUUAGCCCUACGCAUGUUGGUGGCACCUUUUCCUAUCGUGUGCCUUCUGAUUGGUCUGAUGUUUCUAUGGAAAUACCCAAUCACAGAGGAGAGAAGAAAAAUCAUAAAGGAACAGUUAGCAAGGCAAAAUGAAGGUCUUUCUCCCAGUGCGGAUAUGUCAGGUGCUUAUGUUAAAUAUGAGUCAAUUGAGGACACUUGCUAGACCACGUGAUAGACAUCUCUGUGUUCAGGCAGCAAUGGAUGUAUUUUGAGAAGAAUUGCUUUUGUCUUAUUUUUGCAUAGCAAAGCUUGACGAUCAAAACUUGAUGAUCAAUUUGUUUAUAGAAUACACCUUAUUAAAGCAGUAUUGAACUGUUAAACAUUGUCAGUAGUGUGAACUUUCUUAAUGAAUUGGAAUGGAAAAUGUGGAUGCCAGGUACCAGUAUAUGUGCGUUGAACUACGUUUUAGUGAUUGUUGGUAUCAUAGUGCAACGAAUGAAGAAACGAAAAUAGGCGAUCUUCUCACUAAAAAGAGGGGGAUGGUAAAGGUUGAGAGAAUCGUAUACAUGAACGGCAAGAGUAACACAUGCGUGGAAAAAUGCAUGAAACUUGCCAAGAUAAUAAUGACAGAAUGAGUAUUAUAGAGAAAGAGCUAGACUAAACAGUGCUAAGUGACAAUUAUGUAAAAUUGUAUAGAGAUGAAAGUCAGACGGAACUCGUUUAUCGUAUUUUUUUAGUUGAAAGUAAAUCCAUGAUACAAGAAAACGUGUAGUAUAUUUAUGUGUAUAUUAUAUAGCAUAACCAAUUUUCAUAAACUGCAACUUAAAUCGAUGCCUUGAGGUGUUACCAUUUACAUAAGUA